CUAACCAGUGCGUGAAGAGCAUGUGCUCGAUUAUGAGUUAAGUAUACAUAGUGCCGGGCAAUAAAUGUCAAAACCGCUCGCAUGACGCAUGCGCAGCAGUACCUUCGUUUUCUGUGAUUUGAAAAAAAAAGCUGUGUUUUAUCCCCUCCACCCGAAGGUCAGUGAACGAUCCGUUUGGGACUAGGGGGACAGUUGAUUACUGUCAUCAUAAGGUGUUCCUAGCCGUUUUGGAUGGAUCCAAAAAUUGCCUGGUUCACUCCUGAACAGCUGGGACCCGCACAUGACUUCUGGACAAGAAUCUGGGAAGCCCAAAAAGGCGUGGAGAAAAUGUAUCUAAACUCGGACCAUAAUAACAAGGAUUUUAUUCCGUUAACGGAAAAUAAACAGAUCGGCUACAACAGGAACAAUGGAUAUAAUAUCUACACGCCGCAUAAGCGAAAAAGAGACAAUCGUGCCAGUACUUAUGGUUUGAACCAUUCUUCUGAAAAACAUUUGCUUCGGGAACAUGGCGGUCUCAUGCCUUGGCGAGUUAAAGGGAAAAUUUACAGAUCAGAUAUUCUUGGUCUUCAUGAAGAAAUCAAAGAUUUUUACAGCUAUAUGUCCCCAAGAGAGGAAGAACAUCGGAUGCGUAAUGAGGUGGUUGCAAGAAUCAAAAAAGUUAUGACAGAUUUGUGGCCUGAUGCCCAGAUGGAAAUAUUUGGAAGUUUUAGAACUGGCCUGUACCUUCCUACCAGUGAUAUUGACCUUGUUGUAUUUGGAAGAUGGAAAAAUCUUCCAUUGUGGUCUUUACGUGAUGAAUUACAAAAGCGUGAAAUAGCUUAUCCAGAAGACAUCAAAGUUCUUGACAAAGCCUCCGUCCCUAUAGUGAAACUGACUGAUAAAGAAACUGAUGUUCAGGUUGACAUUAGUUUCAAUAUGAAGAGUGGAGUACAAAGUGCUGCUUUAAUCACAGACUAUAUGAAAAAAUUCCCCAACUUACGAUACCUAGUCCUAGUUUUAAAACAUUUCUUGUUACAACGAGAUUUAAAUGAAGUAUUUACUGGUGGUAUUAGUUCGUACAGUUUAAUAUUAAUGUGUAUCAACUUCCUUCAGCUCCAUCCAAGAAUUGAUGCAAGAUCUCCUGAUGCUAAUUUGGGUGUUCUACUUAUUGAGUUCUUUGAGCUGUUUGGUAGAAACUUUAAUUACUGGAAGACUGCUAUUCGAAUAAAGGAAGGUGGGGCCUAUCUUCCUAAAGAAGAAAUAGCAAAAAAUAUGGAGAGUGGAUACCGUCCAUCUUUAUUAUGUAUAGAAGAUCCGUUGAUGCCAAAAAAUGACAUUGGACGUAGUUCAUAUGGUGCCAUGCAAGUUCGACAUGCUUUUGAUUAUGCAUAUUUAGUGUUAAAUGCUGCCGUGGCUCCACAGAACUCCUGUAUUAUGAAAGGAAGUGUUUUGGGUCGUAUUAUUCGAGUAACAGAUGAAGUUGUGUCAUAUCGUGAAGGUAUAUGGAAGAAGUACAGAAUUUCCAACAUGGAAGAAGAGAAAAAUAAUAAUCCUAUUGUUCCAACGUAUGCUAGUAUGGUCACACUACCCAUCACAGAGAAAAAAUCACAAGAUUUACAUUUAGAAUCUAAUAAUAACCAUGAUCCCUCCUCUCAUUCUAAUCGUAAUCAGCGUGAUGUUGGUACAGAAACCACACCUGAUCAAGAUAGUGAAAAUUCUGAUUCGUGUGGUAAUAGUUCCGGUUAUAAAUCAUCAGCUAGUUCUAAUAAUGCUAGUUCUGGUCCCGAUACAGAUAGUGACACAAAUACAGAAGUGGCCACAGUCAGCAAAUCACCACCCAAGAAUCGUGCCAGUUCAGUGCCUGUACGCGACUUGCCGCGCAACAGCAGAGAUACAGUGACAGGGUUUGCUUCUAAAUCCAGAGACACAAGUGCAAGUAGUGUUUCGUCCAUUCGGUCGGGACAUGCUCACAACCGUAGUUCAUCUGUUAACACUCCAACAAGUUAUCACUCGGAAAGAACAGACUCACAUCAUCACAACCGUGGAGGUCACAGCAAUUCAAAUAAAUUUCGUAGUUACGUCUCUCAUCAAAAUGCAACAAAAGUGUUCAACCGAACGAGUGGCAAACGACGGAAAAACACAGUCAAUAAGAAAGAGAAUAUUCAGGGCCCAAAUCAUAGGUGAUAAGGAUUAGUCGUGUGAAAGGAUAAUAUCUUGGUGUACAUUUAUUUGGUGCAUGUGUAAUGUAUGUGUGGUUUUUGUGACAUAUUGUUAAAAAAAAAAAGAUUUUGAAGUUUUGAAGAAAAAAAGAAGAGACGGAUGCUGGAUUUAAAAAAAAAGUUUUGGGCUACACGUCUUUAUAUGACCUAGCCUUUUUGAUGGAUACCAUUUGGAAAUCUCGAUUUGAAGAGAUUAGCGUUUUAGAGACUGAAGUUUAUGCCUAAUUGGUAUACUGUUAAUUGUUAAAAACUAAAUUAAGUUAAUUUUUUUUUUUUUCUUUUUAGAAGACUAGCUGAAAACUUUGUUCCAAGCUUGGUUAGCUGUGGAAUAAACAACGCAAUUAGUCAGUCAGUUUCUUGGAGCUAGUCUUGUUUUAUUUUACUGGUAUUUUAAUUAUCAUUGCUACCCAAUGGUUGGAAUUGAUACACCAAAUGUUAAAUGCAAUUAGAAGUUUAAAUUCUCAAAUAUAUAUAUCAAAUGCAAUUAAAAACCAAAAAUUAAGUUUGUUUGACUGGAUGCUGUAUAGGUUCUAGUUAGAAGUAGUUUGUAUGAAAAUCAUUGUGUGCAUAUCAGCGGAUUCAAAAAUUUUAGUUCACAAAGUUGCCUUAUUUGAUGCUACAAAAAUAAAUGUUAAACAUUCCAGUAACUUCUUUAAAAAUACGGCUGUCUCUUUACCUCUGGUUUUUUUUAAGAAAAAUAUUUUUAAAAGUGCAGUCAAAAAAAAUAAUACCAUCAUUCAGAGGUAGAAAGAUAUUCUGAAGAUUUUUAAAGUUUUUAAAUCGCAGUGAUGAAGUCUUUUCAUGGAAGUCGUAAUUCGCAACUUCCUGUUUUUGCUGAACUAAAAGAUUAUUUCGAUUUUUGAGUUUGUGUUAUUUCUUUUAGGAAUACCCUUUGUACGUAUUUCCAUUUUGUGUUUGUUCAUGCUUUGAAAAAAAAAAAAGAGAUCUCACUGGAUCAAAAUUGAUGUUGGGAUUGAAUCAUUGAAUUGAUCCACAUUAUGUUAAUGUGUACGAUAAUCCUUGAAACUUCCACAUUUUUUAGAACCAUAUUUAUGGUGAGAUCCUAAUGUAGAAUUUAUAUAUACUUGUACUUACUAUGAAGUUAUAAUAAAAAAUACAACUCCUUAAUGAAAUGUAUUUUGGUCAAUCAGUGAUUGAGUUAAAUUAAUAAUUUGAGUUAAAUUGAUAAAAUAGUACGUGAAAAAAUUGACUAAUCGAAGUGCUAAAUAGUAUUAAUUAUAAGUUAAUUAUAAUAUAUCCGGUUCAUGUCAGAAAGUUUCAAGAUUUUGUUUAAUGCAAAAUCAUUUCUCACAUUUUAAUUAAGGCCAUAAAAAUCAGGAUGUUGUUCUUAUCAUUUAGAAAUGUAAAUUCUUAUAUACAUAUUUCUUGAUAAUUCCUCCGCAGGUGCCAUUAACAAUUGAAAUUAAUGUAAUACCUUACAUAUAUUCAUUAUGAUCUCUAUUUUCAUAUAUCUCUUAUUAAAGAAAAUAUACAAUGUAUGAUAAUAAGGAUCAAGUGCCAAAUUAAUUUACAUGUACUGUGCUAAUAAUCCCUCUUUGCUUAGAGCUUGUGUUCCUCAUCUUUUGUGUUUAAAAAUUUAAAAUUCUACUCCACCUCUGCUUUACCUAAUCUAGCAAUGCAGGUAUCUAAUUUUCAAGUAUGAAUCAUAAUUAAUAUUUUAGAUUACAAUAAUUUGAUUUACAGAAAAAAAAAUCCCCCACCCCAUUGUUUGAUAAAAAAUAAAGAAUUAAGAAGUACCAGUCCUACGAAACAACCCGUGAUUUUAUUCUCGAUUGAUUUUAGUCCAGAUAAAAAAAUUGAAAUAAGAAUUGAGUGUUGUUUUACUUUGAGUGUCAUUUUAAAACUUGCCUUGGCUUCUUUUCGCAGGAGCUGUUUAAUUUUUUAAAGAAAUAAGACAUCGGUUAGAGCCAUGAAUAAGAUGAUCAGUAUUAUUAACUGACCUUGGAAGUAAUUUGUUUAAUGGCAUGAGGUCAAUAAGCUAUUUGAUAAUAUCAAUCUGUGUUCCCUUUUGAAUUAAUUAUUAAUGCUACAAAAUAAGAAAAAAAGUCAAAAAAUCAUGGAAAUUUUAGAUAUUAUUUUCUGUGAACAAAGUGAUAUUUGAAUCAUAUAUGUGUUAUUGCAUAGUUUAUAUUAUUAAAUACAAUAUUGAAUUUAGUACAUAAAUGUAAUUGUUUAUAAAACAUAAAAUUACUUUAAUAAUGAAUAUAGUAUUCUUAAGUAAUUAAUGAAUUAUUCUAAUUUCUUUUUGUCUAAUCUUAAUCUUUUCUCCUUCAAAAUCUAUUAUUUCUUUUUGUGUUGUGUUAACUCAUUUCUUUAAUCUCUCUGCUCAUGUGAUUCCCUAUUUUAUACAUACCUACUACUAUACAUUAGUUUCUCUGCUCAUUAUUCAAAUAAUAUUCAAUUCAAAAUGUUAUUUAAGUUUUAUACCCAACAAAUAUCUUUUAUUAAUAUUAUUUAUGUUUGUUCAUAAGUUAAAAUGAGUUCAUAUCAUACUUAAAAGGGGAAAAAAAGCUAUGUUAUCCUCUAGUAUAUUUUUUUUUCUCCAUGUUGUUGAGUCCUGUUUGAAUAAGUUGAUGUAUAUAGUGCUGUAAUUAUUCAUUGUAAUAUUGAAAAAAAAAUCCUUCAUAUUGUAACAUGUCAUUAACUGAAUCGGAAAGAAUCACAAUCCUGUGUAAUUUGCAUUCGGUUUUCUCAUUAUUCGUGUUGGAGAAGAUAUGAAUUGAAUGGUUGAAAUUUAAAUAGUUUAUGUGCGAUUUUCUCAUCUUUCUGUAUAUAUACAAAAGAUGCAUGAAUUAAGGCGGAGGAAAGUUCGAACAAUUAGUGAUUCAUUUACAAAAAAAUAUGGAUUGAAAUGGAGUUUCUCAUCGUUCGUAUAUAUAUACAAAAAAACAAUUGAAUUGAGACAGAGGAAACUUUCGGGCAAUUUGCGUUAGUUUUUACUUCAUACAUGGUUAUAAAAAUAUGAAUUUAAAUUGAGGAAAUUAGAGCAGAUUCUAGCUGUGCAUUAUGUGAUUAAUUUGGAUUCAGAUAAUGAUGGGUUUAACUUACAUUGUAUGUACAUAUAUAUCAUGAGGAAAGUAUACCAAAAAUAUACUCCAAAAAAAAUGAAUAAAAAAAAAUUGUGAAAAUAUUGGAAUGAAGUGACUAUGUAAAUACAGCCAUUUAUUUUUUAGAAAUAUCUCUUAAUUUAAUUUCUCCUGUCUUUCAUUCUUCUAUCCAGUUUUAUUUAUUCUUUCUAUCAAUGAAAUGAAUCCAUUUCCUGAUCAAUUCCCUGUUAGUUUAAGGAACAAAUAGAUUCUUACAUAGGUGUAUGUACCCUAUUGCCUAGUUUCAAUAAAUUUACAUAUUGGUUUUUUGGGGGUUUUUUUUUACAUUCACGGAAAAGUUAUGAAAAUUGAUUAUUCAGAUUACUGGCAUAAAACGUCAAAAAAGGUGUUAUUUAUUAAUAUUUCCUUUCAAAUCAAUAUUGAUUGCUAAAAUAUUUCAUAAACAAAAUUAUGUGCAAUAUUAGUGCAUAUAUUCAUAAAAACACAUGAAUAUUAUUGAAUAUGUUAUACAUGGGUGAUACACGUAUGUAAUGAUCUAUUUCCUAUUUUUGGGUUAUCCGAAUGACUCUUUAUGUCAAUAGAAUAAAAGAUUAUUGUCAGUGUGCAAUAAAUAAUGUAGUAAAAGUCAAGCCAGUUUAUAAAGAAAUGUAUUGAAAUAAUUUUAUCAGAAAUAAAACACUCAAACCCAAUAAAAAAAAACAACAAAAAAUGA